UUUUUUUUUUUUGCUUCUCUUUUUUUCCUCUCCCUUUUUUUAUUAAUAAUAUGCUUACUUUUACAGCUCGUCAUUUCAUUCGACCUACAGCUCGAGUUAUCACUACUCGUACCUUUGCCUCUAUCACGAAAAAGCCUAAUGAUGUAGUUAUCGUUAGUGCUAUGAGAACCCCUGUUGGCUGCUUUAAUGGUUCCUUAAAAUCACUCCGAGCUACGGAACUUGGUAGUCUUGCAGCUAAAUCGGCUAUUGAAAAAGCAGGCAUUAAACCUGAAGAUGUCGAAGAAGCUUAUUUUGGUAAUGUUAUUCAAGCUAAUUUGGGUCAAUCACCUGCCCGUCAAGCUAUUUUAGGUGCUGGUUGCCCUGAAUCCACUGAAGCUACUACCAUUAAUAAGGUCUGUGCUUCAGGUAUGAAAUCUGUUAUGUUGGCUGCUCAAGCCAUUAAAAAUGGGGAUCGUCAUAUUAUGGUUGCAGGUGGUAUGGAAAGCAUGUCGAAUGCACCUUAUUAUACAACUCGUAAUAUAGCCUAUGGUCAUCAACAAUUAACAGAUGCUAUUAUUAAAGAUGGACUUUGGGAUGCUUAUAAUGAUAUUCAUAUGGGAGGAUGUGCUGAAAAUACAGCAGCUAAAUAUAAUAUUACUAGAGAACAACAAGAUGAGUACGCUAUUGAGUCUUAUAAACGUGCUGCAAAGGCAUGGGAAAUGGGUGCCUUUGAUGCAGAAAUUGUACCCGUUACGAUUAACACUAGAAGAAAAGGUCAAGUGACAGUCAAGGUGGAUGAAGAAUUUAAAAAUGUCAAUUUUGAAAAAGUAAAGACUUUAAAAACUGUCUUCAAGAAAAAUGGUACUGUAACAGCUGCUAAUGCGAGUACUUUAAAUGAUGGUGCCUCUGCUUUAGUCUUGAUGUCUCGUUCAAAGGCAGAGUCACUUGGUAUUCAACCUUUAGCAUGUAUUAUCUCUUAUGCAGAUGCUGCUACUGCACCAAUUGAUUUUACUAUCGCUCCUUCUUUAUCUCUUCCCAUUGCUCUUGAAAAAGCUGGUUUAACUAUAAAUGAUAUUAGUAAAUUUGAAAUAAACGAAGCCUUUAGUGUUGUUUCUCUUAUUAAUAAUCAGCUUAUGAAACUUGAUUCUAACAAGGUGAAUGUUAAUGGUGGUGCAGUUGCACUUGGUCACCCUAUCGGUUCAUCAGGUUCACGUAUCCUGGUUACUUUGACUCAUCUUUUGAAAUCGGGUGAAUUUGGUGCUGCUGCUGUUUGUAAUGGUGGAGGUGCUGCUUCUGCUAUUGUAAUUCAAAGAGAAUAAUGUCUAUAGAGAAUAUAUUUAUUUUUAUAAAUAAUAAAAUUCAAAUAAAAUUUGAUUGUACCAUUUA